AUGUCUGACAGGGAUACCCCAAAUGACCUGCAAGACAAGGUCUUUGUCUUGGUAACCGGUGCCAACAGUGGCCUUGGUUUCUCAAUCUGCUGUCGACUGGUGGAUGAAUUCUUGAAAUCUCACCGACAUCCCGACCAGUCUCUGACCGUUAUUUUCACCACGCGGAGCACCAAGAAGGGAAAUGACACUCUCCUUCGCCUACAGGAUCACCUUCGCGGCGCCUCUGCCUCUGCUUCCGCCGCAGCAUCAGCCCGAGUCACCUUUGUGCCCGAGAACGUCGACCUGUCGAACCUCGUCUCCGUCCGCGCCCUCUCCCGCCGACUGAACCAGACCCUCCCCAAACUCGAUGCGAUCGUGCUGAACGCCGGCCUGGGCGGAUGGACGGGCAUCAACUGGCCCAAGGCAAUCUGGGGCGUCAUGACAGACCUGGUGCACGAAGUCUCCUGGCCAUCGUUCAAGAUCGCGCCCGCGGGAAUGGUGACGGAUCCCCAGACCGCGCUGGGCGACGACAAGGAACCGCGCCUGGGCGCGGUCUUCUGCGCGAACGUCUUCGGCCACUACAUGCUAGCACACAAUGUGAUGUCGCUGCUGCGACACUCUGACCAGCUCCACGGGCCCGGCCGCGUCAUCUGGGUCUCCAGUCUCGAGGCGACGGUGAAACACCUCGACGACGACGACAUCCAGGGCCUCCGGACCCUGGCCCCCUACGAGUCCUCAAAGGCUUUAACCGACAUCCUGGCUCUGACAUCGGAUCUCCCCAGUACAGCACCCUGGGUUAAGAGCUUCUACUCGAUCGACGAGCAGCCAGAACACCACAAAGAAGCAGAGCAAGAACUCCCGCACCCAAACAUGUUCCUCACCCACCCCGGCAUCUGCGGCACAGGCAUCCUCCCGCUCUCCUGGCCACUCUUCUACUCCAUGCUCGCGGCAUUCUGGCUAGCCCGCCUCCUCGGAUCCCCCUGGCACACGAUCUCCACCUUCGCCGGCGCCUGUGCCCCCGUCUGGCUCGCCCUGUCCGCUCAGGCCGUCCUCGACGACGCCGAAGCGCCGUACCGGCGCAACGGCGGCGGGCGAGUGAAAUGGGGCUCCUCCUGUAACCGUCUCGGCCAGGACCGGCCGGUAUGCACCGAAGUCGAUGGGUGGGGGUAUGGUGGUGUGGUUGGGCCGGCCGUCCUGGACGGUGACCGGUGUCGUCGCCGGAAGAGGGGCGCGGCCGAUCUCACUGCGGAAGAGAGACUGCAGUAUGAAGAUCUGGGCAGGAAAUGCUGGCAGCGUAUGGAGGAGUUGAGGAUUCAAUGGGACGGGCUUCUCGACGAAGCUGAGGCCCAGGCUGGAUCCCAGGCCUGA